AUGGAAUCAAAAAUUCCGCUUGAAGAUUCAGACCGUUAUCCAUGGUUACAAGCCAUUAUAGAUAAAGUUAUAACAUUAGCAAAUGCAAAAGAUUCUCCAUCUAUUUCAUUAUCAUGUUCGGCGUUAAAAAUUGAUUAUCGUAAUUUUUUGAGAAAGAAUUUUAUCGAGAAAAAUAUUAUUGCUUGGUUCGUUUAUUUAAAAGUUAACAAACAAAUAUUAAAAGAAAGAUUACAACAACGACAAAAUCAUUUCAUGAAAAUGGAUAUGCUAGAAUCACAGUUUAAAGAUUUGGAAGAGCCAAAUAACGAGGAGAACACUUUUACCGUAGAAGCGGACAAGAAUAUAGAUUUGGUAAAGAAAACUAUUACUGAGAAUAUGAAUAUGCAGAGAAUGACUUCUGCAGUAAACUAG